AUGGACAUCCAAGAGUUUCGUGUCCGCGGCAAGGAGAUGGUGGAAUACAUUUGCGAGUUUAUGAGCAAUAUCCACAGCCGGAGAGUAACGCCGGACGUUGGACCCGGAUAUUUGAGACCGUUGCUACCGUUGGAACCGCCGCAACAGCCGGAGCCGUGGGAAGACAUUAUGAAGGAUGUUGAAUCGAAGAUCAUGCCUGGGAUUACCCACUGGCAACAUCCGAGAUUUCACGCUUAUUUCCCGGCCGGGAACUCCUUUCCGUCGAUCCUCGGCGACAUGCUUUCGGACGCGAUAGGCUGCAUUGGAUUCUCAUGGGCGGCCAGUCCGGCCUGCACAGAGCUGGAAACGAUAGUCUGCGAUUGGUUUGGCAAGGCUAUCGGUCUUCCGACGGACUUUCUGUACUUUAAUCCGGGUAGCAAGGGAGGAGGUGUGAUACAGGGUUCAGCCUCGGAGUGCGUGUUGGUGUGCAUGCUGGCGGCCAGAGCGCAAGCGAUCGCUAGGCUGAAGGAAUCGCCAGCGCAUUCGCAUCUGGACGAAACCGCUCUCAUCGUGAAACUUCGAAUUCUGGAGCCUGACGAGAAGAGCGUGCUUCGCGGCGAAACUCUGCGUCAGGCAAUCGAGGCGGACACUGCCGAGGGGUACAUCCCGUUCUUCGUCUCCACCACCCUCGGCACCACCGCUUGCUGUUCCUUCGAUAAUCUCAAGGAAAUCGGCCCGAUUUGUAAAAAAUACCCUGGCGUGUGGUUGCACGUGGACGCAGCGUACGCGGGUAACGCGUUUAUUUGUCCGGAAUUGAAGUACCUGAUGGCCGGUAUCGAGUACGCGGACUCCUGUAACACGAACACCAAUAAGUUCCUGUUGACGAACUUCGAUUGCUCUUGCCUAUGGGUACGGGACAGAUUCAAGCUGACCAGCGCGCUCGUCGUCGAUCCGCUUUAUCUUCAACACACUCACGCGGACACGGCGAUCGAUUACAGGCACUGGAGCAUACCUCUGAGCCGACGAUUCCGUUCCUUGAAGCUUUGGUUCGUCCUGAGAAGCUACGGUAUAUCCGGUCUGCAGGCCUAUAUAAGAAACCAUAUCGAGUUAGCGAAAAGAUUCGAGGCACUGGUCAAAAAGGACAGCAGGUUCGAAGUGUGCAAUGAAGUGGUGUUGGGACUUGUGUGCUUUCGCGCGAAGGGCUCCGACAAGCUGAAUCAGAAGCUUCUGAGCACCAUAAACGACUCGGGGAAGCUACACAUGGUCCCGGCCAGAGUGAAUCAACGUUUCACCAUUCGUUUCGCUCUCGCCGCUCCCAACGCCACUGCAAACGACGUCGACACGGCCUGGAGUAUCAUAACCGACUAUCUGGCCGAGUUAUUGGAGUCCAAGGACGUUAUGGACGAACUGGCGGACAUCCGUGAGAAGAAGAGGAAGGCGACUCUGGAACAAAGGAGGUCCUUCUUCGUUCGUAUGGUGUCCGAUCCCGCGAUUCAGCCUGGAUUCACGAAAACCCCGAACAGGACUGGAGCGAAACUGGACACGCAGGCGACGAUCGGCGGUAUUGGAUCGAAUCCAAAUCCUACGACGGAGAUUCCAAAAUUUUUAGUACCAUUGCGUGUACUGAUGCAGGCGAAAGACGCUGCUGAUACUAGCGAGCUGUCUCUGAGAUUCCGUCAUCUGGACACGAUGGUCCGUUUGAAGGCAGGCAGUACCGGAAGUCGUCGGGGUAGCAGCAACGGCUGUAGCCCAGAGCCUUCACCAUCCGGUUCGCCGUCGCGCGGGAGAUCGCCGAACGGGAGGGCGUAA